GGAAAAAGAGGUGUGAUCGAAGGGGGCUGGGAUCUAGGUGGUAGGGCGCACUCAAUGUUGUCUCAAGGGGCAUGCAAGUCUCACUCUUCACGGUGUGUUGUUGGCUAUCAACGCGCUCCUGACAGCGGAGAGGUUUUUUUUGAAAGGCUGAAGAGUUUGCCCCCCAAUCAGUCUAUCCUCCUUUCAGCAGCUUGAACUUCCUUCUUGCAUGCUGGCCUGAAAGUUGCCUUACUCCAGGUUGCCUUAAAGAGCUGGCGCAUGGUUCCUGGUGCUCCAAAAAGAGACUGAUAAGUAGCCUGAAGAGCAGACAGAAGUCUUCAGCUGCAUGAAGCUUAUCUUUCACAAAGUCAUUAACGAUUGCAGCACCACUUCUCAGGGAAAGUUUGCAGGGGAUCUUCCACCAAUCUUUGCAUACGCAUAUCAAGUGCCAGCUGCUCUUUGAGUGGACUUUUGUGAGCUUCUCUUCAGCGCUCAUAUGUUUUUCACCUGUUCCUUGAAACUUGUGCGAUACCUCUCAACUUUUCUCUGAUACUGCAGCUUAAAAGCUUCCACAAUGAUAUAGCUGAAAGCCACUCAUCUGCGCAUGCCAGCAUGUCUCUCUUUCUACAUAGCCGCCUCUUCUCACAAGCCGCCCAGCAUCUCUCAACCACCCAAAGGGUCAGAGGGCUGAGUUCUCGGGCCUUUAAUCUUUAUGAAGUGUUAGGGGUUGAGCGGACAUGCCCUCAGGAGCAAAUAAAGGUGGCGUUUUACCGCCAGGCAAAGAAGAUGCACCCCGACAUCCAGAGAGACGAGGAGGCGGACCGGCAGGCAGAGAAGUUCAUUCGUUUGGCUGCGGCUUAUGAGGUGUUGCGAGACCCCACACGUCGUGCAACUUACGACGCCCACCUUUCCAGUCGGUCCAAGUUCGUCAAGUCCGCCUUCGACUUCGACCCCCCCACUUCUGAGACUAACUGGCCAGAGGAUCCAAUCGGAGACAGCCACGUGGCACCCUGGGUUAGGCAGUACCGGCAGGCGGUCAGGGAGGUGGUUAAGUAUGGAGGGGAGGGGGAAGGGCUGGCGCAUCUGGUGAGGGUGGAGUUUGGGGCGGCGGUGAGGAAAGCGUACUUUGGGCCGGAAGUGGGGGCGUUGGCUCUGGGGGAGUGGCCAAUGGAAUUCGAAGGCGAAGAGCGCAGCGUGGCCGGAUUGGGUGAUGUCAUGCACAUCGUCAGCGGGCGGCAACUGUUGGGCACCGUCCGAGAGGCGCGGGACGUCCUGCUUGGACACGGUGUGAAUGGGCGUCCGAAGGCGGUUCUUGAAGCUGGGGAGAGUAAAGAGAGGAUAGGCGCUGGCUAUGAACUGGGGGCAAGCGAGAUCGGGUUAGGGGAAGGAGAGAAUAGGAGUUGCCGGCCUGUAGCAGGGACAGCGGGAGAGAGUAAGAACAGGGUUGAAGCGGAAAGCGGAGUAAGGAAAAGCUGGGGUGGAUCAGAGAAAGGGGACGGAAACUUCAAGGGGUUUCGGGCGAGGGAUUUUGACGGGGGUUUGGAUCCUAACGCAGUGCACGAAUCGAGGGCGGAGGCAGGGUGCUCCGUGAGCAAAAGGGCGUCAGGUGAAGAAGCGAGAAGUCCGGAUGAUUCGGAUGCGUCCAGAAAUGCUGCUCAAAGCAGCGCAGACUACAGGCCACGGACUGGGGCUCAGACCCGCGAAAUGGAAAGCGGAACGGAAAGCGGAACGGAGGAUCGGGCGAGGGUGAAAACGGGUGAGGGGCGCAGUCAUGAGUUCUCCGAAAGGAACGUCGACAGGCGGGAUAGCGGGGACGAAGUUUUUGCAACGUUGGAGCUGACGCAGCACGGGGAGGUGGUGGGUGUUGCGACUCGCGAGUGGGUUCCGCUGACGGAAAUCGGAAGUCGAAGCGGAACUGCAAUCGGAGAGGCCACUGGCGAAGAAGUGGAACGGAUUGAUUGCAUAUCGAUCUACGCUGUGAACCGCGGGGUGUCAGCUUUUGCGCAGAACGAUGACGAAGAAAGAAAAGGUCCUGAGGAUUGGGAUCGGCGAGAUGCUGAAGAACGAGAGAAGUCUACUUGGAAAUAUGAAACUGAAAGCAGUAGCGGUCUAGAAAGGGAAAGCGGAUCUGAAAGCUGUGAUGCCGCUGGAAGUAGGAGCGGAAGAGCUACAGAAAACGGAACGGAUAGCGCAAGCCGGCGGGGGAACGGACUCAAGACCGAAUGUGGGAACGAGAACGUGUAUGAUCGGGGGGAAGCGGCAAACGGCAUCGACAACGAAACAAGAAACGGUUCUGCAAGCGGAAGCGGAAGCGGAUUCCGGAACGGAACUGGAGACGGACACAGAGAAGACGGGUGGGCGGAGGACAUCGAGAGGCUGGAGAUGCGGUACCGAAAGCCGCGGCUGUUAGCGCGCAUCUUCGGACUAAGGGAUGGCCGCCCUUCGACGGACGUGUUUCGCGAGGGGGGGGAGAAGACGCACAUGUUGCUGCAGCACCGGACCCCCCUGGUGCGGCAUAUGGCCUGGUACCGUAGCGACGUGGAUAAGCGGGGGCGGCGUAUCCGGAGGUGCGAGGCGCGGCUGCGGCGGGCUGCGAUGCUGCCCAGCAGUUUAUGGCUCUUCGAGCCACGUGCCAGCACCCAUGAUUGCGGCGGCUGGUACUUCGAGCGCUUCGACGAGGAGGAGACACGUGGCGCGCCGUCAUUCGCGCAUUUGACACCACUCGGCCCACAGAGGGGACGAGGUCUGCUUGAGACCAAGCACGCAAAAGAUUCCGGCUUCGCUCAUAACAGCCAUCGUCUCGCCGAACGCGAAUAUUCUGGUACCACUGAAAGAAGUCGGGGCUCAAGCAGAGUCAGCAACAGACAUCAGCACAGUCGUCACAGUCUGCGGUUUAAUAGGCCCUCUGAAAGCGUCAAGGCAGGCUCAGAAGACGAAGAUUCGCGUUCAAGCAUGACUGCGCAGGAUAGAAGAUUCAGUUCUUUCAUAGCCACGCCGUUAGAUCCUGCUGUAUACAUCUUGACUGCCGCCUAUUUGACGCUGGAUAAGGAGCAGGAGGUUCGGACGGCGAAGCCGAGUGCCGUUGCGGAUCUUUUGCAGAAGGGGGCAAAGUGGACUGGAGAAAUCCGGAACUGGUGGCAAAGCAAGGUUGGCGCUUGAAUCC